UCAAAUCUUAAAUUAUUUGAAUCAAAUUCUUCCCCAAGCUACAAUAUCAAGGCUCGUAUGGAUGUGCAAAAAUCUUUGAGUGUGGGUAUAACUCAUUCGAUGCCACUUCCACCCCAUAAGAAAGAAAUCUUCAAAUCUAUGGAAAGUUGGGCUAAGACCAAUGUCCUAACCCUCCUCAAACCGGUUGAAACAUGUUGGCAACCACAAGACCUCUUGCCCCAACCUUCGUCGGAUGAUUUCCUAGCCCAUGUCCAUGAUCUUAGACAGAUGGCUCGAGAGAUUCCAGAUGACUAUUUCGUGGUUUUGGUCGGUGAUAUGAUCACCGAAGAGGCUCUCCCCACUUACCAAUCUAUGCUCAAUGGCUACGAAGGUAUACGCGAUGACACUGGCUCAAGCCAAAACUCGUGGGCCGUCUGGAUUAGGGCAUGGUCAGCUGAGGAGAACCGACAUGGAGAUCUUCUCCACGAGUAUCUUUACCUCUCCGGUCGUGUCGACAUGAAGAGUGUCGAAAAGACUAUUCAGUAUCUUAUCGGCUCUGGAAUGGAUAUCCAAACGGAGAACAACCCUUACUUGGGAUUUAUUUACACAUCAUUCCAAGAAAGGGCCACCUUCAUAUCUCAUUCCAACACAGCCAAGUUAGCCCAUGGGUAUGGUGAUUCAAACCUAGCUAAAAUAUGCGGUUUCAUAUCUUCAGACGAAAAGCGACACGAAACCGCAUACACGAAGAUUGUGGGAAAGUUGUUUGAGAUUGAUCCAGAUGAAACGAUCUUGGCUUUCGCUGCCAUGAUGAAGAAGAAAGUCACGAUGCCUGCUCAUUUGAUGUACGAUGGGUACGAUGAAGAACUCUUUAACCGCUUUUCGGCUGUGGCUCAGCGAUUAGGAGUGUACACUGCUAAGGACUAUGCUGAUAUAUUGGAGUUUUUGGUGAAGAAAUGGGAGGUGGAGAAGCUUUGUGGGCUUUCUAGUGAAGGAAGGGAAGCUCAAGAAUUUGUUUGUGGAUUAGGACCAAGGUUUAGAAGGUUAGCUGAAAGAGCAGAAUCCAAAUCCAAAUCAAGAUCGGGAACAACAAUAGCCUUUCCUUUUAGUUGGAUAUUCAAAAGGGAAGUAGUGGUUUGA